AAUGUCGACCACAAGAUGAAAUUCCGCAGCAAGAAAGGACAAUUGCCUUUCGUCGAAUUGAAUGGUGAAGAAAUUGCUGACAGUGCCAUCAUCAUGAAGGAGUUGUCCAAACGCUACGGAAAGGAUCUGGAUGCUGCUUUGACACCAGAACAACGCAAUGUCUCCCAUGCUAUGGUAUCCAUGAUUGAAAACCACUUGGUAUGGAUCGUUUACUGGUGGCGUACAAAGUACCCAGAAAGUGUCAUCAAAGGAUACAAAGUCAAUUUGCAACAUGCUCUUGGAACUCGUAUUCCAAAUGGAAUCCUCAACUUCUUCUUCAAAUUUGCUUUUGGACGCAAGUGGUUCCAGGGUGCUAAGAAAGUGAAGGCUCAAGGAAUUGGUGUCCACAAACCAGAUGAAAUUGCUGAAUUUGGCAACAACGACCUCCAAGUGCUGAGCGACAUGUUGGCUGACAAGCCCUUCUUCUUCGGCGAUGAACCCACCACCUUGGACAUUGUCGCUUUUGCCAACUUGGCCCAGAUUCACUACAUUUCUCCUGAUGUGUCCUACCCAUUGAGGGACUACAUGGCCGAAAGAUGCCCGAAUCUCGUAGGACAUGUCUCUCGUAUGAAGGAGCGCUGCUUCGCCGACUGGGAAGACAUUUGCGCGACGCUGGACCUCAACUCCCAUCUGCCCAAACCACAACCUGAGCCAACAAAAGAAGGCAAGGAAACCAAGGAAGGCGAAGAAAAAGUUGCUGAACAAGAAGGAGAAGAUAAGUUAGAAAAAGAUAUCGAAAAGGAAAAGUCCGAUGAGAAAGAAAAAGAAAAAGAAGCCGAGAAGGAAACUGAAGAAAACAAGGAAAAGGAAUCAAAAUGAGUUAAUUAAAAACACACCAAUCUUAACAUUAUUCAUAAAAACUGAUAGAUAUGAGAUGUAAGAAAUUUACCUUCAUUAUUCAACAUACAUUCAAAUCUCAUUCAAACUAUGCUCAUCGACAUUGGUUUAUAACAAUUUGAUUUUGUUCUGACUCGUCGUAUUAAUAAUUGUGUUGCUUUAGCAAUAAAGAUUUUAUAUUCUUGCACAAUUAAUAA